AUGACAGGUACGGUGCCCUACCUCGAGGACGGCCCCUUCAGUAUCCGACAAGGCAAUGCCUGGCUGGAGAAGCUGAGGAAGAGCAUCAGACCGAGCUCCUGGAAUGACCUUCUGCAGAAGCCGGGCAAGUACAUCCUCGCCUACGAGCAUCACUUUGUUUCUGCUCGACACCAAGAGGAUGAGGUGUUAAUCAACAUGGGAGGUCGCACACAUGAGUUUGAGUCCUUCCAGCUCAAGCGUCAAGACCGUGCCGUUCGACGCCACCCUGCCACCGGCAAACUAUGUGUCGACAACACCCGACUCGACCAUGUGUUCGAGCUUGUUGACCAUGUCGAGCCAGCUUUGGUUGCAGACUACUCAGGUGGCAAACUUGUCCAAGAAGCUGCCGUGGAUUUUGAAGAAGUGUGGAACCAGCUUCAACUCCAGCGGCAGGAAAUGGAUGGUGUGAUUUUGCGUCAUCCUCAGCCGCAGCACAUCGCGAAUGAUCGCAACCCAGAUCUAGUAGAAGCUGCCGCGGAUUUUGAAGAAGCAUGGAACGAGCUCCAACUUCAGCGGCAGGAAACAGAUGGUGUGAUUUUGCGUUAUCCUCAGCCGCAGCGCAUCGCGAAUGAUCACAAUCCAGAUCUAGUUUCCAACAGCGACAGCGAGGAGGACGGCUUCUGGGAUCUUCGCCCGGACUGGCUCGAGCGUUUUCGAGCUCGAAGACAGCAAUCAGAGAAUCGAGAGAUGCUGCAGCAAAACGAGUUGGUUCAUCGCCAGGCCUAUAGUCUAUUGCCUGUCAGAAGAGUCAUGACCACCAACAACGUUCCAUUCGAGCAGUUUGCUUCCAGCUCAUCCAUUUCUCGGCGGCGCAUCACAAUGGAGUACUUCGGCGGUGUCCUACCAGGCUUGGUGGAUGGACAGCAGCUGGACUAUGCUGGCGGCAGUUGGAUAAGUGACGAACCUUAUCCAAGUGCUUUGGAUUUUUUCAAUAGCCAAACAGACUUUUUUCAGCAUGAAGCGGACAAGCAUGUUGCAGUGGUUGUGAAAGUCAUGCGAGAGCAUUUGGAUCUCUUGCGGACGUCGCCGUUGGCUGUGGCAUUUUUACCAGAUCCUCGUUUUCGAAACUCGAUAUCGAAGAGACUCUGGGAACGCAUCAUGUACCGAGCCAGGGCAAUCUUGGAUUUCGUGGAACAGAAACAGCACUACAUGCUCUUUGCAUUUCUGCACGCAGAGGCCAAGCAUGUAAAGGCCGGUUGCAGAAAUGCUGUGCAGGACUUGCCACACCCGAAGGAGUACGGCGGCACCGAAGAAGAGUGGCGAACGCUUGCACUGGAGCACGCUCUUCAGCUUCACCUGGAUUUAGCCUGGCAACAGAAAGAGCGCGGCGAUUUCAAGAAGGCGUCUCGCUCCGAGGACGACUACACCGGAGGGAGCCUUUCGGCAGACAUCCUCCAUGCCUUACCAGGAUUCUUCUUUUCCUUUGACUAUCUGAAGAAUUUAGCCUGUGCGUCUUCUGAAAUGAAACGCGCCGUGCAGAACCCACAGCAUUGGAACGACAGGUGCAUCUCACUCAACUCAGUCGAGUUUACUGAUGGUCUGAAGCUGAGAUCCAUGACGCGGGCCUAUAUGUCCGCUCGCACCGUGUCUUUAGAUCUGCAACAACUUCCUUUGCUAGGUCAGUUUCCAAACAGUAUGUUGCUCGAGUGGACUGGCCGGGGCCUUCCACAACUGCGCAACCUGAAAGGCUUCGAAUCCGCUGGACCGUUGCUGGGCACUGCCUUGUUCGACGUAAUCCUCCCCCCCAAUGCAGUGGGCAUGUACAUUGGCGUUCGUGACUGGGGAGAUCGAAGCCAAGGGAAGCAAUCGUUCUUCCGCUUCGAUAAUGUUUACACGGACAGUCAAAGACUUUCCUUCGCUUCGGGCGACCAGCCACCGCAGCUUCACCACAUGCCACAAAGAGUGCCUCUGCAACCUGAGCGGCAUCAUCGCGUUUUGCUUCGAUGGAAGCAAGACGUGAUGGAGCUCCUUAUCGAUGGGGUCGGAGUAACCAGUCGAGUGGACAUGAGAUGCAAAGUGGAGGAGUACGAAGGAGGCGCCGUGUUGGAUGAGCUGCUCGCGGAAUUGCCAGGAUUUUACUUUUCGUUUGACUAUCUCAAGAUGCUAGCGUCCACUUCCAAGACAAUGCUUCGCGCCGUGCGGGAUCGUCGACACUGGCAAGGCAAGCUUGUGACAAUGAACACUGAAGAAUUUCAACUUCCCAUGAAGCUGAGAUGGAUGAUGGAAGCUUACAUGUCUGCACAUGUCGUCACCAUCAACGUUCGUCAGCUCACCAUGUUUACAGUUUUUCCUCACAAUAUGCUUUUGGACUGGAGCGCGACAGGCAUGUUGGGCGGCCCUCGUCCUGCAGUUGGGCCAAACAUGACAGGGACAGGGUUUCAGUCAACUGGUCCUUUGAUGGGAAAUGCUGUAUUUGAUAUCAUUCUGCCGCCCAACACAGUUGGCAUAUAUAUUGGGGUCCGAGACUGGUGCGAUUUGCGAUCUCGGACGCAUGCCUACUGCAUGUUCACGAAUAUUUUUGAGAAUGCGCGGGCCUCCUUUGGAUUGGGAGAUCAUCCAUCUCAACCACACUUGAGUGCCCGAACAAUUCGGUUUCAACCCGACCACACCCAUCGCAUCAUCUUCCGUUGGAAUCCGAGAACGUUCCAGAUUUCGCUGGAUGGCGUGAACAUCGCUACAGCCCGCGCUCGUGAAGGAGCUUCAGCUGCGCCAUGUGCUUUGGCAAAGCUUUUUGUUUGGGUCUAUGGCCGGCCUACCAGGAACUUUGUCUUGCUUCAGUAUCGCCCAAUACCAUCUCUUGUCGACAACAACGCCACAAUCAAGUGCGUGCUUUGCAACAGGGACCACGGGCUGCAUCUGCCGCGCUGGUGUGUCUGUCCACAUUGCGACACAUGGGUUUGUUCGGUUCAUGCUGUGCACUUUCCUGAACGACUGUGCCCACGAUGUCCGAACCAGUUGAUUGAUUACGUCGGUGGAAGUACUGAAACGGAAGAGCCUUUCCGGCAUGCUGUGGACUACGUCUACAGCAGAGAGCAGAAACUGCAGAACGGCAUGACCUUUACUGCGUGGCUUCGUUUGAGCUUCCAGCGAUCCGAAGCAAUCCGUCGACAAGAGAAAAAACGCAGGGCCGAUGGAAGACAAGACGUCGAACAUUCGCAUCCCAUUGAGGUCUGCAAUCGUGCGUCUUCGUUAUUGCUGCUGUCUGUGCCGGCUGAUUUCACACAUUUGCCAAAUGUGCAGCCUGAUUGCAGCCUUUUGUGUGGUCUUCAAAAGCACGAGCGGGACAACCGAAUUCAGUUUGUGUCCGAGACCCACGUCUACUAUGUGGAUGGUGUUGCUAUGAAGACGUCCGUGACCGGCCUGGUUCACAGAUUCGCGGAAAGGUUCGACGCAGAUGCGGCAAUCGCCAAUAUGGCAAAGAGUGCACGGUGGCCACGACCUGAGUAUUCCAGGGCGCAAGACAAUGGCGUGCUGAUUCCACUAACUCCCGAUGAAAUCAAAAAGAUGUGGGCUCGGAAUGCCGCAGAGGCGGCUCACCAGGGUACAUGGAUGCACCUUCAGAUAGAAGUCUUGUUAAACGGCGGCUUUGUUGCCGGCGUCUGGCCAGAACUGACUUUGUUUGAACAGUUCGUCAGAGAGUUCCCGUGUCCUUUGCUGGCGUUUCGGACGGAAUGGUGUAUAUUUGCUGAGGAACACCGCCUAGCCGGAUGCAUCGAUUUCGUGGCUAAAUCAUUCGAUGACAGUCUUGUUUUGUUUGACUGGAAAAGAACCAAAAUGCUGCAUUCCAAGUAUGACAACCCUUGGCGACGUGUGCAAGGACCUUUGGGUCAUCUUCCUGAUUGUGCUGGAUGGCACUACCGCCUCCAGCUCAACCUUUACAAACACAUUUUGGAAAGGUAUUACGGGUACACUGUUUCCGCAAUGUACGUGGUGUGUUUGCAUCCCGACAACGCAAACACUGGCCCUUUCUUGGACUUGGUACCGAAUCUCACCAAUGAAGUUUCCGCGAUGUUGGCGGCAUAUGGAAACACCUCAGACUUGCACUGGCAAGAGGUGUCCGGAGGGGCUGAUCCAGCUGAGGGCAUGGCUUCGCAGUCUUCGUUCUUCGCAGCCAUCGAUGCCGACAUUGCUGAGGCAGAGCGUGUCUUGGACGAAGAGGAGCUGGCGGCCAACGCACCAAAUCCGGCAGUAGAAGCAGCGGACCCGUCUCUGGAUGUGGAAGCUGCAAACGAACAGGAAGCCAUGGACUGCACAGCCUUAGCUAUACCUUGUCGGGGCCUUCCUAUGGAGGCGGUCGAGUCUGCCAAAAGAAGACGUUUGAUGCCGGGAGCAUCAACAUCCAGCAGUGCAUUCGAUGAGCUGUUCGACAUAACAAAACAGGAAGCAGUCGACCGGUCAGAGGACAUGGUUCGUUUGGCAGCCGCUGCAAUCAGUGUCUACAGAACUCGCCUGACAGACAUCUUCGUCCGUGAUUUUGUCAGUCUCAUCUGGAUCAUUGAGGGCGACAGAUACAUACGCACACACCAAGGAGUUUGCUAUUUGUAUCACAACGACGGAGCAUUCGAGCCAUACAAUGGUGUUCCUCCAGAGUCAACGUUCUACAGGUUGAAGAAAUUUUUGUUGAGAUUGGAAGGCGCAUUUCGACUCAUGUUGCCUGGUACAGAGCGCAGCGACUCGGGCAUCGUGCAAGAAAUCGCUAAACUUCUGUCAUCUUACAAUCACGAUGAGGAGUUUUUAGCCGCCUGCGAAGAUGCCGCUGUCAUGGCGGAUAUGGGAGGAGUACGCCGGAAAGGUCGAAAUGAACAAGAAGGUGAAGUCUCUCCCAAUUCUGGCUGGCCGGAAAAGGUUGCCUACAUGCUCGCUAAGGUUAUUUCGCCGCUCCAGAAAGACUUGCUUGAAGAAAGACGUCUGCUACAGUUCGUGAUCCAGUGGUGUGAUACUCCCUCGCAGCGGCAAUCUGGGUGCGCGUAUCAAGAUGUCUCUGUGAUGUAUGACACGACGCCAGAAGAGCACGCGAAGAUUGUCACGUCGUCGCCAGAGAAUAAUCUGUACAUCAGAAUUCCUUUUCCUUUGAGGCAGUCACUACCUGAUGCAGUUCUGAAGGCUGCCAGUGAGAGAUUACAGAAGUUCGUGAAGGAAACAUUCUGGUGCAAUCAGGAGUUUUACAAGUGCACACUGGCAGCCAUUGCUUUGGCCAAGCGAGGCGAAAACAUUGAUCGCUGCUUCAUUGGCGAAUCGUCAGGGGGCACGGGGCAGUCGUUGUUUAGUUGUCAUCUUGCGGCGGUUUAUGCGCAUAACCAUCAGUUCAUCGAUCCCAACAUCUUCUACAAGGAGGAAGAGCUUCGCAAGAGACUGGAACAGUUUGCGCACUGUGUCAUAGUUACCGCGCAAGAAGCUCCCGAAACGAACCGACAUUUCCAGCAAGAUCUGUAUAAGAAAUUUAUGUCGGCCGACGAGUUGGCAGGUCGGAAGCCAUAUGGUUAUGUGACGAAAAUGAUGAGAGUUAGCGGUUUCAAAAGGUUUGAAACCAACAAGAUCAUGUCAUUCAAGAAUGUUAUGGAGAAGAACUUCAACUCUAUAUACAGACGCUGCCUGGUCUGGAACCCGAAGCCCAUUUUCGUUGACGACACCGCAUUUGGAGAUGGCUACCCUGACCCGCAGGCCGACGGGAUCUUCCAAAAGGAUCCUACUCUACGCAGCUUCCUUGAAAGCGGUCCUGCCAUUGCUGCUGCCAUCGUGCAGCAGCAUGGCUUUGAAUCGCACUUCUCAAGACAGCAGUGCAUUAAAACAAUCGAGGAUUAUGCCAUGAGUGGACUCACCGAGCGCAAGGUGAGAGCGGCAUGUGGUUUGCGUCCACCGGAGGAGCCCACGGUCGAAAAGGAGCAGACCGCCCUCGUGGCCAUCCUCAAGCACAACGAUGACGAGGCUGACGAGUCUGCGGAUCAAGAGGCCACGAUGACGAAGCCCUGGUGGUCUCGCUUUUCUAAGCCCAAGCUGGGUGUCAACCCUAAAGAAGUAACGUUGGAUGAUUUGGUCAAAGAAAACCUUCUGCUUCCAGCUGACACAAAGUCAGAGCCAGAAACAUUCAUUCCCAUGAUACCGUGUGCGAAGUCUCUGGACGAGAUUUUCGAGGUGGGAUACGACUCCGAAACUACGUGGAUAGGGGAACAUCUCCAUGCCAGCAAGCUGUGGGAAGCGGUUGCCUUCCCGGGCCGCGGUGCGAAUGCUGAGGUGCUGCAGCAGUUCUACACACAGGUCUUGAAAAAGUUAGAGUCUGGCAAAGGUCGCAAGUCCCAGCACCAGCAUGACAUUAUUGCCGUCUGGCGUUCCUUGUCGGAGAAAUUGAGCAAGCACGAAGACUGUGCCCGCGCUGUACUGGAAAAGCUAGAGAAUCAAAUCUCUGCUGUUGCUAGUUCACAACCAGCGUCACAACAGUUAGCAACUACGCCUUCUCGACGCCGUCGCAAGAAAAUGCCAGCGACUGCCGAAGUUGAAGAUGCACCUGCAUCUGAAAGCAAUAUUGUAUCUGGAAACCCUUUCCAGAAGGACUCAGGUUUCGUUGGUAUUGAUGUGCCGUACAAGUACAAGUUAGAUGGCUUGCGUUCUCGCAGAUACGGAGAUCGCUUUUCAGUACAGAAUCUGGGCACAGCAUGGCAGGCUGUUGCGCUGCACGAGACCAUGGACCUGGACAUUGAGAACUGCUCCUUCGCGCUGCUGUAUCAGAUUAUGACAAAGUUGAAGCCGCAACACCAAGCUUGGCCACAGGUCAAAAACACACUACGUGCUUGCAGUGAACAGCGAAAAGAGAUCAUUGAGAAGAAGCUCAAGUUGAGUUUAUCGGAAGGCAAACUCCUUAUGCAGAAGGUACUCAAUGGCGGUGUGCCUCCCGACGAGCUCGCAGAGAAUGAGUUUAUACAGGAGCUGCAGCGAGCAUCGUUGUUCUGUCGCUGGGUCGCCGCCUCAACGCUGAAGGAUUUGGUUUGGACAAGUCUUUUGCGCUCCAAAGACAGACCAGAUGUCUCGGUUCUUACCUAUUUCUGGAACGUUGCAGAGGAUGUAGUGCUGGAAGCCUGGCUUGGGAAAGUGAUUCCUCUGGGAAGCAAGCAUCUCUCGCUUCACUUUGACGGCAUCAGACUGGAUCGCUCCGUUGCCCACGGUGACGUAAACUCCUUUUGUCAGAGCUGUGCCGAAGCCAUCUACAACGCUACAGACCUGCUUGUCACAAUUCGAGAAAAAGAGCAUCACAGUUUCAGUGGCUUCUUGAAGAACAUUACCGACAGUGCAGCAGUUGAGUGUCCUGAAAUUCUUUGUGAAACUGGAAACUGCAUACUGGCAGCUCUGUAUCACCUUGGUUUGCAGGAGUCGGCACUCUCUAUGGCCUCGAUGACCGAAGGGCCCGAACACGCGUUUUUCCGCAGACGCCGGCAACGAAAGUAUGUAGACGUUGCCGAGAAGCUGGAGCUCUCGAUCUAUCCCCGAAUACAACCAAGCGUUCUCAAGUCUGGGCAAAAGGUUUUGCUUCACAUUGCCUACGACGGGAAUCCACACUGUGUGGCUUUGGAAAUGCUAACAGGUACUCAAGUACGCAUUACAGACGUGAAGGUCAGCUACAACUGUUCUGCGCAACAUCUCCUGCAUAUGUUAUCGGCAGCCAGUGACCGCAAGUACAUCUUGUUUUUCCAUCUGCAGCAAAAGCCAGGUAAAAAUGCAGGCGAUGCACUAGACGAUGAUUAUGAAAGUCUGUUGGAAAGUAUGGCAGGUGGAAGCGAGGAAGAUCUUGAGGAUCGCUUCGUUUAUGACUUGGACGUUCAAGAAAAUGCCGACGAAGAUGACGAUGAUGCGUCCUUGGCCGACGAGAGCAUUACCCAAGUUGGUGAUGAGUUACUGCAAUAUUUGAAGGAUGAAGUUCAGAAGCACCUGAACGGCUGCCUUCGACGACGUGGCAAGAAAAAACAGACUGCUCGUUGUCCCUUCUGUCCGUUCCGAUCGUGGCCGAUCAGCAAGAAGGCACGAGUUCUGGAACAUGUGCGUCUCUAUCACUCACCGAGAAAACAGUUUGUUCCAAGUGGCACAAAGCAAUUGAAGCUGAUCAUUGCUCUUCAUGACUACGACCAAUGUCAGGGUCGUGAUCGAGGCAACUACCUUUAUCGGAGCAGCCGAAUUCUACGGAACACCGUCACUCCGCCACUAUCCUCGAAGCAUGUGUUGGUGGAUCGUGAGCUGAGACUCGUACUCACAGCACAAGGCCCUGAAUUCUGGAAUGUUUUGGCAGUGCAGCAGCAACCUUUGCGACGAGUUCGAAAUUUAUACUACACACAUGGCUUUGGUCAAAUCCUUUACCGAGAGAUGCUUAUUUGUAAAGCCAAGGUCUAUGCGUUUCAUGCACGCAUGAUGACGCUGUUUUCGCCAGAGACUUGCAGUUUGUUGCCGCGUCACAGCAAGCACUGGUGGCCGAUCGUGGAAGAUGUUUUUAUGUCAAAGAAGGCGAAGGAGCUUAAGUCUCACAUGCUGGACGAAAUGCUGUUCCAUGAAGAGUUCCAAGUCCUCAGCAUGGAUGCAACGCUUCGCUGCUGUCUUUCGCUUAUGGGACAGGCGCAUCCCAGAGCUCGGAGGGAAGUGAAGGACUCGGCAGUUUUCGUUGGGGACGAGGUGCUUACCUGCCGUGGCCGCAGCAACGCCGUGGUGCUACUGCAAGCAACCUCCUCGGAUGAAACUGACGUGCUGGUGCAAACUCUUGCUGAGCACUUACAUCCGAAAGCCCUGGCUCAGAUUCAGUUUCUCUCAGUGGACAACCCGUCACAGAAGCUUUUCCGGGAGGCGAAAACUAUCUGUCCAAAUCUGCAGCUGCUGGCACUCGAUCCAACGCACCUUGCCAUGACAUGCGAGUAUGCAUCAAGCAGAAAACGCACGGCGGCAACCAAAUGUUUGCGUUUGAUCCUCCGCAAACUUACUGCGCGCGACAAUCUUUCGGCUGCUACAUGGGGGCCUGUCUUCACCGGCAGUAACGCCAAACCUCUUACCCGUGAAGAAGAAAAGGCUCACAAUCAGAUUGAAGACAAGAGCAUGCGUAAGGUGCAGGCAGAAAGCAUUUUGCAGAACCUGGAUCCUGCGAAGCCGUUUCUGCUACGCUUGGACUGGAUUCAAGCUCUCGCGGCGUUGGCAUCCGUUCAUCGCCGCGAGAUGGACAGACUCGCUCCGGGCCCGAACAGGAAGAUCUACCAGUUGCUGCACACAGCUUCGGCGCCGAACAGAUCAGGUUGGUAUUUCAACAAUCUCAUCAUGCGGCACCUGCUUUCAGCGGAGCGGCUGUCGAUGAUGCCCAUUGGCACAAGCAGCAAUGAAGCGCUCCAUCACGAAAUCAAUAAUUGGUUUCGGGAGACGCAGAAACUUCAUAAGGCCACGUUGACGCUGAAGCUUGAAAUAAUGAAUCGUGAGUAUGAUAAGCAGAACGCUAUAGUCUGCCUGGGCACUGAGAACAGCAGCCAAGAAAGCUCAGAUCACGGAAGAAAGCUGUUGCUGGGCCCCCUGGAGUGGGAUGAGGCAGCAGUGACCCGGAGUAUGAGCAAGGACGAUUGGAAGAGCUCAGAUCACGGAGGGAAGCUGUUGCUGGGUCCCCUGGAGUGGGAUGUGGCAGCAGUGACCCGGAGUAUGAGCAAGGACGAUUGGAGGAGCUCAGAUCACGGAGGGAAGCUGUUGCUGGGUCCCCUGGAGUGGGAUGGGGCAGCAGUGACCCGGAGUAUGAGCAAGGACGAUUGGAGGAGCUCAGAUCACGGAGGGACGCUGUUGCUGGGUCCCCUGGAGUGGGAUGGGGCAGCAGUGACCCGGAGUAUGAGCAAGGACGAUUGGAGGAGCUCAGAUCACGGAGGGAAGCUGUUGCUGGGUCCCCUGGAGUGGGAUGGGGCAGCAGUGACCCGGAGUAUGAGCAAGGACGAUUGA